AUGAAGAUUGAGACAACAAUGGGUAGUUUUUUAAAAGAAGAAGGUAAGGAGGAAGAAUUCUUAGUUGAUGAUGUCGAUGAAGUUUGUGAAAGAUCACCACCAACUAUGGCUACGAUCAUGUUGGUGAUGACAAAUCUGUUUGUUAUGUUCCUCUUUUGCUUCUUUAAGGUUGCAUAUGAUACCAUUUCGUGUUAUUUUCUUACACCAAGACGCAUCAAGAAAAUCAUGGAGAAGCAAGGGGUGCGUGGCCCUAAACCCCGCCCUUUUACCGGCAACAUCCAAGACGUUGCCUCUUUAGUUUCUCAAUCAACUUCCAAGGACAUGGAUCGCAUCACUCAUGACACUGUCAAUCGUCUCUUGCCACAUUAUGUUGCUUGGUCUAAACAAUACGGGAAAAGGUUUAUAUUUUGGAAUGGGAUAGAGCCACGGCUGUGCAUAGCGGAGACUGAAUUGAUCAAAGAACUUUUAACAAAGUACAGCACUAAAGCUGGUAAAUCAUGGCUGCAAAGAGAAGGAACAAAACAUUUUAUUGGUCGUGGUUUGUUAAUGGCUAACGGCAGUGAUUGGUAUCAUCAACGCCAUAUUGCAGCGCCGGCAUUCAUGGGAGAAAGACUGAAGGGCUACGCAGGGCUAAUGGUGGAUUGCACAAAAAAUAUGCUCCAAUCACUGCAAAAUGCAGUAGAAUCAGGCCAAACCGAGGUUGAAGUUGGUGAAUACAUGACUAGAGUGACUGCUGAUAUAAUUUCAAGAACCGAAUUCGAUAGUAGCUAUGAAAAGGGGAAGCAAAUAUUCCAUCUCUUAACAGAAUUGCAAAGUCUUUGUCAUCAAGCAACUAGGCACUUGUGCCUUCCCGGAAGCCGGUUCUUUCCAAGUAACUACAACAGACAAAUAAAAUCUAAGAAGAUGGAGGUGGAGAGAUUACUAUUGGAGAUUAUACAAAGCCGGAAAGAUUGCGUAGAGAUCGGUAGAAGUAGUUCUUAUGGAAAUGAUUUACUGGGGAUUCUUCUUAAUGAGAUGGAGAAAAAGAGAAGUGAUGGUUUUAACAUAAACCUGCAGUUGAUCAUGGAUGAGUGCAAGACAUUCUUCUUUGCUGGACAUGAAACAACUGCCCUUUUACUCACAUGGACAGUCAUGCUUCUAGCCACCAACCCUUCUUGGCAAGAAAAGGUUCGAGCCGAGGUGAAUGAAGUCUGCAAUGGUGAAAGUCCUUCAAUUGAUCAUCUUCCCAAAUUCAAUUUGUUAAACAUGGUUAUAAAUGAGUCUCUAAGGCUGUAUCCACCGGCGACUUUGCUCCCUCGAAUGGCCUUUGAAGAUAUUAAGCUAGGCGAUCUUGACAUUCCAAAGGGGCUGCAAAUAUGGAUUCCGGUUCUAGCAAUUCACCAUAGCGAAGAGCUAUGGGGAAAAGAUGCAAAUGAGUUCAACCCUGAUAGAUUUGCCUCCAAGCCAUUUGCUCCCGGACGGCAUUUCAUCCCUUUUGCGGCCGGACCGCGGAAUUGUAUAGGCCAAUCUUUUGCUAUGAUGGAAGCUAAGAUCAUAUUAGCCAUGUUGAUUUCCCGGUUUAGCUUCAAUAUUUCAGAUAGUUAUCGCCAUGCUCCUGUUGUUGUCCUUACAAUAAAACCAAAAUAUGGGGUUCAAGUUUAUUUGAAGCCUUUGAAUUCAUGA